AUGUCCUCAUCAUCCGAUCGACAACCCCUCCUGCCUACCCACUCCUCCACCUCUAAACCACAUAUCAACCAUUCCUCCUCCUCCCGUCUAUCUACCACCCGUAUAUCCUUUCCUUCAUCUACCACCUCGGCACUGGGCUCAUCAGAUACAGUCGACGACGAUCAGACCGUCGUAUCUACCUCUCCGAAGAAAGGCAAACAUCGGGCAUUCUCCGGUAGUCCACUGACAGCAGGCGAAGGUCAAAGAAAACCUGGUUUACCCAAAUUAUCGAGAGAAUGUUUGAUCAGCGAGAUCAAGUGUUAUGGUUCAUACAUGUUACCUCCCCUACUCGUAUUCGGAGUAUUGGCAAUUGGUAUUAGUCUUUUGAUAUACGGUUGGAAGAGAGGUUGGUUCAAGUGA